AUGAAGUUUACUGCCAGUGGAAGUAAAGCUUUUGUACGACCUCCGGAAAACGUGGGAAGGUUCAGGAUUACGACCGAAAACACGGCGCGGGGUUUCACAGGGCGCAAGAGCAGCAAGACACGGCAGCCGCAGCGUGUCCUCGGGAUCAGCUCCUCAGCUUCCCCGGGGACAGGGGCCGCUUCGGGCGGUGCAGAUGAACACGGCGGGACGGGACGGGCCGAACGAAGCCGGGCGCCCAGCAGCGCUCAGGAACACCCCCCGGAGAGCAGGGCGGAAGCAUUAAAAGAAAUAGAUGAUGUCUUUGAAAAAUAUAAGUCAGAGAAUGAUCCUGUUCAGAAGAAACGCUUGCAGCAGCACCUUCAGCGUGCAUUAAUCAACAGCCAAGAACUUGGAGAUGAGAAAAUUCAGAUAGUCACUCAGAUGCUAGAACUGGUAGAGAACAGAGCCCGGCAAAUGGAAACACACUCUCAGUGUUUUCAAGAUCUGUCUGAGAGCGAAAAGCCUCUAGAAAAGGCAAAGAUGGAGUCCUGCCAGCCAGAGAGAUCUUCACGUAGGCCUCGUCGCCAGCGAACCAGCGAAAGCCGCGAUUUGUGCCAUGCAGCAAAUGGUAUCGAUGACUGCGAUGAUCAGCCACCUAAAGAAAAAAGAUCCAAAUCUUCCAAGAAGAAAAAACGCUCCAAAGCCAAACAAGAGAGAGAGGUUUCACCUGCAGAAUUUGCAAUCGAUCCAAAUGAACCAACUUACUGCUUAUGCAACCAAGUGUCUUAUGGCGAAAUGAUAGGAUGUGAUAAUGAACAGUGUCCUAUUGAGUGGUUCCACUUUUCGUGUGUUGGACUCACCUACAAACCAAAGGGGAAGUGGUAUUGCCCCAAGUGCAGAGGAGACAAUGAGAAAACAAUGGACAAAUGUACUGACAAAUCAAAAAAGGAUAGAAGAUCGAGGUAGUGAAAGCAAUUCAUGUUUUAAAGAGUUGCUCCUUUUAUAUUAAAAUGUUAAAUUUCCAGAGAACACUGUUUUAGGAAAUGCAUAAGACUAUGCAAUAAUUUUUAAUCUAUAAUAUUAAUGGAGUAUUAAAAGCUGUUAUACCUUCUGUGAUCUUUAACUUUCUGCAAUGAAUAACCAAAUAAUUGAAACAGGGUGGCUUCAGACCUUCACAGAAGACAUUACAAGCAUAUGGCGCUUGGUUUCAAUUUAACCCGUUAGUAUUUUAAGGAACCUUGUGAAUCUUGAAAUGGUGGUGGGAAAGAUACUGAAGAACUUUUCAUGUUACGGGAAAGGCAUUGAAAGGCCUCACAUAACUGCUUGAGUCUUAACAACUGAAUUGGUUCUUUUUCCCAGGUCUUAAGUUUUCAGUUUUUGUGUUAACAUCACACAUUUGGAAUUAGGAUUUUUGAGUUCAGCUGUAACUGUAAAAGUCUUCCGAGCUAAAAGCAGACCUCUUCAGUGACUUUCAGUAUGUUACUUCAAGGAAGAAAAUACCACUAACUUAAGCUUUUUUUUUUUUCUCAUUAUUAAACUCAUGUCUUUGUGACU